UGUCAAAUUCAAAUAUUUGAACCGCGGGCCAAUAACCACCGUCAGAUCUUCUCCCCAAUUUCAAAUCCCCAAAACAUCCACCGUUGAUUGGUUUCCACAUUUUUUUCAAAUCCAAAAAUCCAAACCCCGAUUUUCUCUUUCCUCAUUGUCUUCAACUUCAAGUUCAGGAGUUCAAACUUCAGAUAGUGAAGUGUGUGAGAGAGAAGAUGUCGUAUUCAGGAAGACACAAAAACUGAGUGAGAUUAAGGGAGAUAAAAUUCAAAUAGAAGAUCAAAGCAUAUUUUGGGGAAUUAAGUAGCUGAAUUUGACCACAUUUUACUUCGAAGUUGCUAGAAAACAAUUUCAGGACUUCGCCCAUUGCAAAUUGUAUUCCUCAAUUCGUCAGUCAGGAUGUUGCGGGAUUUCAAAUUGUCGCGCCGUAACCCCGAAAAGAAUGAGGAAAUUGAGAAUGUACCUAUAAACCCUAAUGAUCCAUCUUCUAAUUUGAGUAAUUUAGAUUCUUCUAGAGCUCCACUGGUUAGCUUAGAUCAUGAAGUGAGUGUUAAAAGUAAGUUUGAGAGGACACCUAUUAAGUCUAAGCUGAAAACUACUGAGCUGCUUCGGACCCCGGAGAGGCAAGGGUUUGGGACUUUAGGGCGGAGGAGGUUCGGGUUUUCGGGUGUGAAUGAUGAUGGGCGGUCUGAGAUGAGUAGUUAUUUGGGGCAAUCUGGUAGAAAUGGUGGUUCUUUGAAUUUGACACCUAGGGUUAGUGGAGCUACUACUACUGGAAGGAAUAAUAGUGGGUGUAAUGAGCGUAUUUCUGCUCAGACUACACCAACAAAGAGUGUUAGUAAGCCUCCUAAUCCUGGGUAUGCACCGUUGAGCAGCCAACGAUAUCCGGGGAAUAGCAGUGCUCGUGUUGGGAAUUAUGCCACGCUUUCUAGAGGAUUUUCAGUUUCUGGUGCUCAGCAUUGUGUUGUGAAUAGUGUUGAAGUUCCACAUUUUGAUCUCAAAGAGGAUCCGUCGUUUUGGAUGGAUCACAAUGUACAGGUUAUAUUAAGGGCACGACCUCUUAACGGCGUGGAGAGAAAUACUCAAGGGUUCAAUAGAUGUGUGAGGCAGGACGGUCCGCAGAGCAUUACUUGGAUUGGGCAACCAGAAACUCGAUUUACGUUCGACCAUGUAGCAUGUGAAACAGUAGAUCAGGAGAUGCUUUUUAGGAUGGCUGGUUUGCCAAUGGUAGAGAAUUGUUUAUCUGGAUACAACAGUUGUAUGUUUGCUUACGGGCAGACUGGAAGUGGGAAGACUUACACUAUGCUUGGGGAAAUGGAUGGCAUUGAGUUCACACCCAGUCCCCAUCGUGGUAUGACGCCAAGAAUAUUUGAGUUCUUGUUUGCAAGAAUCAGAGCGGAAGAGGAAAGUCGAAGUGAUGAGAAAUUGAAGUACAAUUGCAGGUGCUCUUUCUUAGAGAUUUAUAAUGAGCAAAUCACAGAUCUCCUUGAUCCAUCAUCGACAAAUUUGCUCCUUCGAGAAGAUGUUAACAAUGGUGUAUACGUUGAGAAUCUUUCAGAAUUUGAGGUUCACACUGUAGGCGAUAUCCUGAGACUUCUGAUUCAGGGUUCCUCAAAUAGGAAAGUCGCUGCAACAAAUAUGAACAGAGAGAGCAGUAGGUCUCAUAGUGUCUUCACAUGUAUAAUCGAGAGCAAGUGGGAGAGGGAUUCGACAACUAACCUACGAUUUGCUAGGCUUAAUCUUGUUGAUUUGGCUGGUUCAGAAAGGCAGAAAUCAUCUGGUGCUGAAGGCGAACGAUUGAAAGAAGCUGCUAAUAUCAACAAAUCCUUGUCAACGUUGGGUCACGUAAUUAUGCUUCUAGUGGAUAUUGCUCACGGGAAGCCUAGGCAUGUUCCUUACAGAGAUUCAAGGCUGACUUUUCUUCUUCAGGACUCACUUGGUGGUAACUCAAAAACCAUGAUAAUUGCCAACAUUAGCCCUUCUAUCUGUUGCGCUGCUGAAACACUCAACACACUGAAAUUUGCUCAAAGAGCAAAACUGAUUCAAAAUAAUGCUGUCGUGAAUGAAGAUUCUUCAGGGGAUAUUGCUAUGCUACAUCACCAAAUAUCGGUUUUAAAAGAGGAGCUCUCUACUUUAAAACGUCAAAGUCUCUCCCGAGCUUUAGCAUUCGAUCCCUGUACAGUGGGAGGUCAGGAAAACCCUGACACAGAAAACAGAAAAGAAAAUGAGCAGCCAAAGGAUGAUGAUUUGUUGGGAUGUGAAUCCAAAGGAAACCUACAAAUGUCUUCCAAACAGUUAAAAUCCAUGGAAUUGAUGCUUGCUGGAGCCAUGAGAAGGGAGCAGAUGUCAGAAAGUUCCAUCAAGAAGCUUGAAGCUGAAAUUGAGCAGUUGAACCGAUUGGUUCGUCAAAGAGAAGAGGAAGCUAGAUGCAGUAAAAUGAUGCUGAAGUUCCGUGAAGACAAGAUUCAAAGAUUGGAGUCCCUUGUCGGCGAUUUAAAACCAGUUGAUGCUUAUCUGCUUGAAGAAAAUGUUAAGCUUUCGGAAGAGAAUAAACUGUUGCGAGCUAAAGUUGACAGGAACCCUGAAGUGACCCGGUUUGCUGUGGAGAAUAUUCGGCUACUGGAACAGCUUAGAAGAUUUCAAGAUUUUUAUGAGGAAGGGGAAAGAGAUAUGUUACUGCAAGAAAUAUCCGAGCUUCGGACCCAGCUGAUUCGAUCUCUUGAUAACAGUAGCCAACAGCAUAAACAUGCAGACAUGGUUCAAGAUGCUCCAAAUAAUAGCAAAGAAAAUGAAGAGUUAAAUUGUACCUUGAAUGAGUUAGCAGAGUGCCAAAGCAAGCUAAAGUCUUGCAUAGCAACCAAUGCAAAACUAAGCAGAGAAAUUGAGGACUUACAGGCUCAUUUAAGGAAUAAAGAAUCAAGGAUACAUGAUGAAAUUGUGAUUCCUGAUUCAAUGAAGGAAAUGCAAGCUCCAUGUCUUGGAGCUCAAUUAGUUGAUGCGGUUGAUGAAAACAGUAGAAGUAAUAGUAGAGAUCAGGCAAGACAUGCUGAAGAAAUAGUAAAUUUGGAACUUGAGCUGGAUAUACUGAAAAUAAUUCUGAAAGAAGAGAGGGUUUUGCGUGGAAAAGUGGAAGAGACGGCGUUUUCAUUGACUAGAGAUGUCCAGUUGGCAGAGGAGAAACUGUUGUUAAUGAGGAAGCAGUGGGAAGGUGCCAAAGAGGACCUAAACGAAGCAAAAUCAGUAAUCGAAGCACUUGAGUCGCAGCAACUCUUAUCCAUCAGUGAGAUCGAGGAUUAUAAAAUCUGUAACAGCCAUUAUUUGGAGCUUUUACACCAGCAGGAACUUCAAAUUGCUGCACCAACGGAACAAAAACAUGACCAAGAAUCUACCUUGUCAUGUAUAAAGCAUUCUGAAGGUGAAGAUUCUCCGUUACAGUUGCAAUUGAAGAGGAUGCAAGCUUCUCUUGACAAGGCCAAACGUUUAAAUAUGUGGUAUCAAAGUGACCAUGCUUCUCAGAGAUCUAAUGAAGAAGAAAUGGAUGAAGUACGGCGUCAAGUUGAGGCAGAAACUGCUGAAGUGAUUGUCUGCUUGCAAGAAGAACUUUCUGUCCUUCAGCAGCGUGUGCAAGAAAGUGACUUGAGAGAAAAAGAGGCAGAAAGCAGGCUGCAUACUUUUGAUAUCAAACUGAAGGAGCUGCAGGAAACUUCCGACAUGCUGUCACAUGAGAAUGAAACUUUACAUCAAAGUCUUCUAGAGAAAAACACAGAAAUGCAAUCACUGGUAGAUGACUGGGAACUACUGAGCUGUGAGAUCGAAGAAUCUCUUAUUGAGGGACAUGACGCUCUUAGAAGUGCCUCAGAUCAACUUUCUUCUGAUUCUCUUUCCGAUAGAAGGGGAUGGGUUUCUGAACAAUUUGGUAAAAUGAUCAGACAGAUAUCUGACAAAGAAUCAAUAAUUGAACAACUUAACCAGUGUUUAGAGGAUGCAAACAGUAGAGCCAAUGACAUGGAACGCAUGUUGAUGUCCCUUAGAGGUGCAGCAAUGGUCAUGACUGAGUCUCACCAACAAGAGUGCUAUGAGAAGGAGAACGAAAUACAGCAGCUGAACGCAGAGUUAUACGCUCUCCUCUCUGCUAACAAGGGUUGUGAAAGUAAAGAAAUUAUGGAAGCUGGAGUACUCAGCCUCCAAGCAGCUUUUAUUGACUUUGGGGAAAAAUGCGAAAGUAAAAUCCUGGCUCUGGAUCAUAAGUUGCAGAAGAUUGAAGGAUGUGCCCAAGAUGCUAAAAUCUCCUGGCACCAAUCAAAAGAGUUACUUGAGUUGCAACUGGUCGAUGCCGAAUCAAUUACUGCUCAGAAUACAGUAGAGACUUCUUGCCUCCUUGCUAGGUUUGAAGAAGCUCAGGAUACAAUGAAAGAAGCUGAUAUAAUGAUCAACGAACUGAUGAUUGCAAAUGAAACAGUGAAAAUUCAAGUAGAAGACCUCAGAACUACGAAUGUCAUGUUAACUAGUGAAAGAGACGGGCUAAUUAUUGAAGUACAGAGACUACAAUCUGCUAAUGAAAUGAAUGAUCAGACUUGCAGAAAUCUUGAGAAACAACUCGAGAUGGAUGUUUCACAAAAUUUGUGCCUUAUUGAGGAGUUGGAGAGGAUAGUUUCACAAGUGCAGGAUACAUCUGAAGAGGCAUUCAUAUCUCUAACCCAUGAAUUGAACUGUACAAAGGCCCAGCUUCUUGAUACUGUCAAAGUGAUGCAUUCAUCACUCGAAGACAUUUGGUCACAGAUUUUCAUGAAGGACUGUGCUCUCUCCGUGUUACAUCUUUGCCAUAUGGGCGUGCUAUUAGAGGCAGUAACAUCACUGAAUGCAGAAAAUGGACUUCUUCACCAUGGUAUAAGUGAAUCAGAUGCUGUGAUAUAUGAUUUGAGGGAGCACAACAUGAAAUCAAAAGAGGAGCUUGAAAUGUGUCGAAUGUUAAAGGGGAAGCUGUUGGCUGACUUUAAGAGCAGCUUUGAUCGUAUCUUAAGGAAAGAAGGUGAAACCGGAGAGCUUAACUUGAAGCUAGUCCACUUCAAAGAAAAGCUACUGGAUCUUCAGCAUCAGGAGGAAAUGAUGUUGGAAAGGUCCAACUUCAUGAGUUCUGAGCUCUCUAGCUUAAUGAUGGAAUUGGGGCAGAGUAACUCGCAAUUGAUUGCAUCCGUUGCAGAGCAAGAGGAGUUUUUAACUGUUGAAUGUCAGGCUAAAGACUUUGAACUGCUUAUUAUGGCUUCCGAGCUGCAGGAAUUGGCUGACAGCUGUUCUACUAUGCAAAGGGAACAAACAAAUUUCCAGGCAGCUUCUGAUUUCUUGAUCAGAGAGAUAGUUACGCUCCAGAUAACUGCAGAUUUGAGAGAAGAGAUCAUGAUUGAAAGGGAAACAAUGGCUAUCAACAUGCAGAAAAGAGUAGACAAAGCUGUGGAUGGUGAGGCAAAAGUGUUGACCCAGCUCCAAACACUCGUUGCAGAAAACAAGUUAUUGGGAGAGCAGUUGAGCUUGAAGGAGAAUGGUUUUGCGAAUCUGCAGAAUUGGAUGUUUUUACUGCAAGCUUCAUCUCAAGAUCUUAAAAACAGCCUAUUGGUGUCAGAAAGUGAGAACGAAUCACUGCAAAACAAAUUACUGGAUCUGAAUAGUGAAAAUUGCACUCUGCUUAACGAUAUCCAGACCAAUGACUUGAAAUUCAAGUCAUUCACAGGCGUUAUUGACUCACUCAAGAUAGAGAAUUCGAGCUUACUAGAGAGCAUUUCUGUUCUGGAGUCAAGAAUAGCCUUCCUGGACAAAGAUCUGGAAGGGAAAAAGGCAGAACUGGAUGACUUCCAAUGCUUGCAAUCUUCUACAGUUGAGGCACUUUGCAACAGAAGCCAGGAUUUGGAAAGCUACACCAUUAAAGCGAAUGCACUACAGGAAGAGAACCUCGUCUUAAGAAAUGAAGUUCAGUCUCUUGAGCAAAGAAUCUUUGAAGUGCUUAACUGUUCUAGUUCUAAGGUUGUUAUGAGUGCCAGUUCACUGGAAACUGCUGAGCUGCAGAGUUGCAGGAUACAUAAACAAAUAGAAGAAAAAAUCAUGUUAAUUCUGGAUCAAAUGUCCGAAGAUGGUUGUCAAAACCUGAAUAUGGUGUCAAGGUUUUUGGAAGAAUUGGAGUUCAUAGACUUUAUAGCCAAAAGCCUAGUAUCUGAAAACUUGUCUAUGCAGGAAGAGUUGCUCAGGAAAGAAGAGGUUCUGAACGGAUUGCAAUUUGAUUUACGUCUUUUGCAAGAGUCUGCAGCCAACAUUAAGGAUCAAAAGGAUGAGAUUGAAGAAUUAGCCACCAUUUUGGAAUCUACAGAAAGUGAAUUGGCUACAAGAUCACAUGAACUUGAUGAGGCAGUCGCUUAUGGACAAGCGCUUGAAGCUAAGGUGAUGAAACAAGGAGAAACAGCAUCUGGAUUGGAAAUGGACUUGGAGAAGGCUAACCAGUCUGUAAACAUGCUCUCUGAUGACAAUUCGGUGCUGAAGUCUCAAGUGGAGGAUUUAAUGGCAGCACGAAGUUCUCUUGAGAGUGAAUUGAGCGAGAAAAAGAGCAUAAUUGACGAUUUGGAGAAUGAACUACUUGAAAUGGGACACACUCUAGGCCGUGUAAACGAUUUAGUUGAAUCUUUAAAGAGAAACUUGAAUGAAGUUAACACUGAAAAGGACCAACUCCAGGAGGAGCUACUGAACUUGGAAGGAAAGGUGGAAACUGCGCAUGCACUUGCUGAGGAAAAUGAAGCCGUAGCUGCGGAAGCUCGGGAGAUAGCCGAAUCUAGGAGGUUAUAUGCAGAAGAGAAGGAAGAAGAGGUGCAGCUUUUAGAGAAUUCUGUGCAAGAGUUAGAUUCUACCAUUAGCGUAUUGGAAAACAAGCUUGAUGUUUUGAAAGGAGAAGCAGAAAGGCAAAGGUUGCAGAGGGAGGAGCUUGAACUGGAGCUUCAGUCUCUUAAAACCCAGAUUCUGAAUGUUGAAAAUGCUGAUGCUGAUAUUAAAAGGCAUUAUGAUGAAAAAUCAAGAAAUCUUCAAGAAGCCAUAAUGCGUGUACAAAUACUUGAGAAAGAUUUGAAAAAUAAAGACACGCAGAUUGUUAAGUGCAAAGCACAUAUCUCGGAGUUAACAUUGCAUGCAGAAGCACAGGCUUGUGAGUACAAACGGAAGUUCAAGGAGUUAGAAGCAAUGGUAGAACAACUUAAAUUAGAAGAGGUUUCCAACAAUAAGUUGGAGAAAAAUGCUACCAAAGGGAGGGGUUCUGCAUCCCCUUUCAAGGCUAAGGGUUCAGGUUCCCCUUUCAAACCAAAGGGUUCUGGUUCCCCCUUUAAGUGCAUUGGCCUGGGAUAUCAGCUUAAAUGUGAAAAGGAUGAGGAGAAUAAUGCUGAAAGGUUGCGAAUUGAAGAACUUGAAGCCUUGGCUGCAAGCAAACAGAAAGAAAUAUUCAUGCUGAAUUCCAGGUUAGCUUCUGCAGAAAGCAUGACACAUGAUGUAAUUCGAGAUUUACUGGGAGUAAAAUUGGAUAUGAGCAGUUAUAUGACGCUGUUAGAUAAGCAGGGAGUUCAAAAGAUAACAGAAAAGGCUCAACUUGAUAGUGUAGAACCGCAGGACCAGGAAGUGAACAAGGUAAAAAAGCAACUCAAUGAGUUUAUUGAAGAAAGGCAAAGAUGGUUGGAGGAAAUCGACAGAAAACAGGCUGAGGUUGUUGCUACACAGAUUGCAUUAGAGAAGCACCGCCAGCAAGAGCAGUUGCUCGCUUCAGAAAAUGAAGAAUUUAAGGCGGAAAUUCAUAAUCAUAGGAAGAGAGUGGCGGAGCUUGAAGGCGAGCUGAAAAAGUUAUCUGGUCAGCAAAACAUCCAACAGCGUAUACACCAUCAUGCCAAAAUCAAGGAAGAAAACAAUGUGCUGAAAGUCCAAAAUGAAGACCUUCAUAAAAAAUUGAAAAGAUAUGCAUCACAAUACACAAGUCUCAGGGAGGACCUGGCUGAUUAUCGUGCUCGCAAUGGGAAAGGUCCUUACACUGAUUUUGACGAGGAACAGAGACUAAGGGACAAAAUAAAGGAGACCAAACAGGAAAAUCUUCACUUGGCACAGACAUUAUUGGCCUUAUGUACAAACAUUCUAAAGGCUGCAGGUAUUCAGAAACCAACAUCUGAAGUAGACUUAUCUGCUGCUGCUGAGGAAGCUCUCGAGGAGCUCGUAACUCGAGUGAUUUCAUUGGAGAGAGAGGUUGACGAUUUGAGAUUAAAGAACAGGAGCACCAAGGAACGAACCCGAUUGACAGAGCAUAGGACAGAUCCUUCAACAUUGAGCUCGAGGUCAGGGGAUAAUCGACAAAGUCAAAGAAGACGUUCCCAAUCACAAUUUUUUUCUACAAUUGAUCGAUAGAUGAAGUUACAAACUAGUACCAAUUAGGCCAUGUAUAGCAGUAAGUUGUUUGCUUACAGCUAAAGUGUAAAUAUGUGUAUUCUUUGUUUACCAGUAAAUGUAAGCUUAGUUUGCUGGCUUGUAAUUGUAUAGGGUUUAUUCUUUUGUUGUAUGUAACCUACGUAUAAUUUUGUUGAGCAUAAUUAUCUCAGUGAGCAA